AUGGAUUGUUGCUAUAUUAUAUGUUCUUGUUGUUAGAUUAAUGUAGGAUAUCUCAAAUGUUGUACCUGCCAUAAGGAUUUUGAAUUUUAUUUACAAAAUAAUCUACCUAUAGAUUGUCCUAGAUGCGUGAAUGUAAAUAUUAAAUAUAAAAAUUAUUUAGAUUAGAUUAGAUACUUAUUAUCAAAGUGAUGGAGAUGUUCAAUUACAUAGAAGUUGUUAUAAAAAUGUAUAAAGAAUGUUUCAUCAUUGUAAGUGUUGUGAUGGUUAUUUCUGCUAGUGUGUGUAAUAAAUUUCUAUUAAACUUUAAGUGAAAAAAAAUGAAAAAAUAAAUUGUUUUUAUAAUGGAAUUUCAAAUUUUUUUUAUAAAUCCUCGUUUUAUCCGAAAAAGCAAGGAUAGAAUGGUUAUAAGGAAAAGUUAAAGCUUUUUCAUCUUUACUUUUUUUUAUCCAUAUAUCAUUUAUUCAUAUGA